AUGAUCCAACGAUAUAAAAAGAUAGUUGUAGAUGUUGGAGAAAUCAAAGGAUCUAAAAAAAUGGAAUUAACAAUAUUACGUGCAACCAAAACGAAAGAGUUUGGUGGCCCACACAUUCAUGAAGUGUACAUUGAUGAAUGUCAGGAUAACAAGAUCAUAGAUUACGAGCUUAUCUUGAAACUCUUUGGCCGCGCUGAAUGUAUUUUUAUGGCAGGAGAUGUAGCGCAAUGCAUUGCCCGGGGGUCUACUUUUCGAUUUCGGGAAUUAUAUGAAUUGAUUUACCAAUGGAAUCUCAAACGUGACCUAAAAAAUCAAUAUAAAUCUUUAAAACCAAAAGAGUUCGAACUAAAUGUUAACUAUCGCUCCCACAAAGGGAUUCUUCAACUAGCUUCGUCUGUAAUUCACCUCCUCCAUGUAUUCUUUCCUGAUUCUAUUGACAAGCUUUCACCUGAAUUCAGUGAGGUUAGUGGUCCACAACCGCUCAUAAUCGAAGGUUGUGAGGCUGAAACUCUGUUUGUCUAUAGAAAUGAUAACAGAAAAGAAAAUGUAUUUAUUGAAUUUGGAGCUGGCCAAGUCAUUAUUGUACGUGAUGAAACAGCUAAAAAGCGUGUUAAGGAUAUAAAUAGCGAUAUAGGAUUGGUUUUGACUGUCUUCGAGGCCAAAGGUAUGGAGUUCAAUGAUGUGCUAUUGUAUAAUUUCUUUACUGAUUCUCCCGCACUUUUAAAGUGGGAAGUAAUUCUCUCCGAUUUAGAUGACUACUCUGCGUGGAUUCCGAAAUUUUCUCCCGAAUGUCAUUAUAUCCUUUCCUCAGAACUCAAACACCUCUAUGUCGCCAUAACCAGAGCUAGAGAGCAUCUCUGGAUUUUUGAUGAGGAUGCUAAGUUGAGUGAAUCAAUCCUCUGA